AUGUCCAAAAACAGUCCACGUGCCUCCAGUUCACACAACAAGGUUGAAAGUGAUCAGGACGACCAUGAAAUAUCAUCACCUCGUUCUCCAAUCACUCCACUCUCUAAUCGUCAUCAUUCUUAUGACUCGAAUCCUUCUCAUCCUAACAUAUCCUCCGAAUCGGAAUCUCCUUCUUUGACUCCGACCUCUUUUCGAAAAUAUGAAUCCUCUCCAUUCAGUAAAGCUCAUGCAAGUAGUAGUGGUGCAUUGGAUGAGAAUAAACCAUCAAAAACUCCACCAUCCCUCUUGAAAACCACAACACCUCCACACUCGACCACCACCACCACCACCACCACCACCACCACCACUCCAGUUGGUUCUACUCUCAGUGGUGGUGGUAGUAUCGGUACUCCUCUUUACCAACCACAACAACAACAACAACAACAACCACUGUUAUCCUCUUCCAAUGCUGCUCAUCGUACGAUGGGUUUUGUUUCUCCUACUGAAUCUGUCUAUGCAGAUCGAUUAAGAUAUUUACAACCACAAGGUGGUGGUGGUUUCAUUGUAACAACAACAACACCAUCAUUAACAACAACAUCACACAUGAUUCAUAAUGCAUCACCUCCUUUUCGAAGAAGAGAACGUAUUUUCAAAGAUGAAAUUCAUAGUCAUAUUAGUUUUCCAACUUCUAUUUGUAAACAAGUGAUUGAUACUGAAUCUUUUCAAAGAUUACGUGAUUUGAAACAAUUAGGAAGUUGUUAUUAUGUAUUUCCAGGUGCAUCUCAUAAUCGAUUUGAACAUUGUCUUGGUGUUGGACAUUUAUCAAAGAAAUGGAUUGAUAAAUUAUUAUUUAUGAAUCACAAUAACACGAAUUACCAGAAUGAUUAUUAUUGGGGAGUGAGUCGUGUGGGUAGUGGUGGUCAGAGUGGUGGUAGUGAUGACAAACUCACCUUUAGAGAUAUUUACAUUUUACAAGUGGCUGCAUUGUGUCAUGAUUUAGGACAUGGACCAUUCAGUCAUGUCUUUGAUAAUGAAUUUAUUCCAAGAGUGAAGAAAUCCAUGUUCAACAAUUGUUCGAAUGAGUCAUCACCACAGUCACUAUGGACACAUGAAAUGGGAUCAAAAACCAUGUUUCAAUACAUGUUAGAAGAGAAUACCAAUGAUGAAAAGAAUUAUGGAGAUGUAUAUGUGAAUGCAGUGUUGGGAUUGGAGAAGACCAUUCUCGAUGAUAACAGUGAAUUCAUUGGAGUUCCAAGUUCCUCACAUGAAAAAAGAAAGGUACCUUCAUCCUCCUCCCUUUCUUCACAACUACCCUUCAUGUCAUGGGAUGACUCGUAUCUACAACAUCAAUCUCAUGAAUGCACAUUUAUUGAUUUUGGUAAAGAAGAACGUGACAUGGUCUUUAAUAUGAUUGAUGGUCAUAUUUCCAAAUCUGAAUUCUCACAAAAUAGACAAUAUCUCUAUCAAAUUGUUGCCAAUAAGAAGAAUUCUGUUGAUGUUGACAAAUUUGAUUAUCUUGCCAGAGAUUGUCAAAAUUUAGGAUUAAUUUCUUCCUAUGAUUCAUCAAGAUUGAUGGAAUUUAGUAGAAUUAUUCAUGGAAAUAUUUGUUUUUCAAGCAAGGAAGUUUAUAAUUUAUAUGAAAUGUUUCACACUCGUUACAAUUUACACAAACAAGUGUAUACACAUCGAGUGGGUAAAUCUGUGGAAUAUAUGAUUACAGAUGCAUUGGUUGAGGCUGAUCCCUAUCUUCAUAUUUCAGAUAUGAUUACUCGUCCUGAACAAUAUGUUCAUUUAUCGGAUAGUAUCUUGUACAAGAUUGAAACAAGUUCGGAUCCUGAAUUAGCCAAAUCGAGACAAAUUCUAAAAAGGUUAAAACGUCGUGAUUUGUACAAAUUUGUAGAUGAAGUAUUACUACCUUUGGAAAGAUUUGAAGAAAUCAAAAAGGAUAUUUGUGAAGAAGAGAUUGCAUCUUGUGCACCCAAUAUUGCAGGUUAUGGACGUGAAGAAACUAGUCUCCAUCCUUCUGAUAUCAUUAUUCAUAACAUGUCUAUUAAUUAUUCAAUGAAAGAUAAGAAUCCAGUGGAUCAAUGUCUCUUUUACAAGUCAAGUUAUGCGAAUGAGGAUGAACCAUUCCAUAUUGCAAAGGAACAAGUGAGUUAUUUAAUUCCAUCUCAAUUUAUGGAAAGAUAUGUGAGAUUGUUUGUGAGAGAUGCCAACAAGUUGGAUAUUGCCUAUGCUGCAUUCCAAAAUUGGAUUCAGAAAAAGAAGUUGAAAAAGUAUUCACAACACACCUUAUAA